AUACAGUCCAUGAUAAGAAUAGAUUGGAGACUAUACCUUCAAUAUAAUAUACAGUCCAUGAUAAGAAUAGAUUGGAGACUAUACCUUCAAUGUAAUAUACAGUCCAUGAUAAGAAUAGAUUGGAGACUAUAUCAUCAAUGUAAUAUACAGUCCAUGAUAAGAAUAGAUUGGAGGGUAUAUCUUCAAUGUAAUAUACAGUCUAUGAUAAGAAUAGAUUGGAGACUAUAUCUUCAAUAUAAUAUACAGUCCAUGAUAAGAAUGGAUUGGAGACUAUAUCUUCAAUGUAAUAUACAGUCCAUGAUAAGAAUAGAUUGGAGGGUAUAUCUUCAAUGUAAUAUACAGUCUAUGAUAAGAAUAGAUUGGAGACUAUAUCUUCAAUAUAAUAUACAGUCCAUGAUAAGAAUGGAUUGGAGACUAUAUCUUCAAUGUAAUAUACAGUCCAUGAUAAGAAUAGAUUGGAGACUAUAUCUUCAAUGUAAUAUACAGUCCAUGAUAAGAAAAAUUGGAGGCUAUAUCUUCAAUGUAAUAUACAGUCUAUGA